UAUCUUCUUUUUCUUCAUUCCCCUAAAGUUUUCAACUUUUUUUUUUUUUUGAAUUUCUUCAAGAAAACCUACAAAAAUGUCCAUCAGAAAAUCAAAUAAGUUGUCACAUGCUGCAGUUUUGAAGCAAAUUCUAAUAAGAUGUUCAAGUUUGGGAAUGAAACAGGGCUAUGAUGAUGAAGGCUAUCACCUUCCGAUUGACGUGCCAAAAGGACAUUUUGCAGUUUACGUUGGAGAAAAUAGAACUCGAUACAUUGUACCUAUUUCUUUUCUGACUCAUCCUGAGUUUCAAUGCCUCCUUCGAAAAUCCGAGGAAGAAUUUGGCUUCGAUCAUGACAUGGGAAUUACAAUUCCAUGCGAAGAAGUAGUUUUCCGGUCACUAACUAAUUCCAUGGUCCCUAUUAAUUAAUUAAUAGAAGAAAAUUAAGUGAAUAUUUAAUUUUGUACCAAAAAAAUUUGGUGUAUCUUUUUUUUUUCUUCUAACAUCUAAUUUCUUCAUUCUAUUUUUUUAUUUUUUGGAUUUUGGUGUAUUUUCUUGUAUUGUCAUUUAACCUGACCUAGGAACCACAUUGUAUUAUUAGUAAUGUUUUUUAUGGGUCAGAUUCAGGUUUGUAAAAAGAUCUUGGAUAUUUUUUCCUUGCAGUGGUGUUAUUUUGCACCACUGAGAGAAGAGAAUGUUUUGUUUGUCAAUUUAUUCACUA